AUGUGGCUCAUCAAUUGCCAAAACUAUCAACUCGAGCAGAACGACAUCGACGGGCCAAAUGGGAUUCCCUACUGCAUCCUCUCACACACCUGGGGUGAUGAUGAAGUCACUUUUCAGGACAUGCAGAACUUGUAUGACAUUGCCGUUCACAAGAAGGGCUUUGAGAAAAUAAAAGGAAUGUGCGAGCUCACGCUUGAAUACGGACACUCCCACGCUUGGGUUGAUACAUGCUGCAUCGACAAGACCAGCAGCGCCGAGCUGACCGAGUCGAUCAAUUCCAUGUUCCACUGGUACCAGAAAGCAGCACUAUGCGUUGUUUACCUCGAGGAUUUUGCGCUCACUGAUGGCCAACUCACACCCACCAAAGCUGACCUUCAACCAUGCCGAUGGUUUACCCGGGGCUGGACCUUGCAAGAGCUGGUCGCGCCGAGGGACAUCGUAUUUCACGAUUGCAACUGGACCCAGUGUGGUUCAAAGGUGCAACUGCUGAACAUCCUCCAUUGCAUCACGAGCAUCGACAUUACUAUUCUCCGAUCUUCAGAUAAGCUGAACCAAGUACCCGUCGCUCAGAAAAUGUCGUGGGCAGCUAAAAGAAACACGACACGAAUAGAAGACAUGGCAUAUUGUCUCCUGGGCAUCUUCGGUAUCCACAUGCCGCUGAUAUACGGCGAAAGAGAAAAGGCCUUCCUCCGUCUCCAGGAACAUAUAGCUCAGAAGACAAACGACAUGUCUUUAUUUGCCUGGCAACAUAGCAAAACUGAAUUCGGACUCAGACACUCCGGCAUAUUGGCGAGACACCCCUCUUGGUUCGCGGGCGCUUCUGAUAUCAAACAGUGGCUUGAUCCCGUUAUACCAACGCCGUCGUGGACUAUCACCAACACUGGUCUUGAACUCCACACAGCACUCGACUCCUCACGCGGUGAAACUGGUCACCGGCUAUACCUGCACUGUACAAGUGGCCAUGUCGACGACAAAGAUGGAGAUCCUCCCGUUUUCACAAUCUGGCUGCGGAAGAUCAAGUCAUCCUACGUCAGAUAUCAGCCCUCUUGGCUGUCACUGACGCCUCAGUCACAGAUGAGGUUCGGUAAACCGUCCCUGGUCCGCAUUGCCACCUCUUUAACGCCGGCUGAGGUGAUCGAAGUGAACUCACUCUAUCUCUAUCAUUCGGAGCUCUUGUACCCGACUAUAAAAAUCCAAUGGGAGUGCAUCGAGGCGUAUUCACAUGGCUUCUCAGUCAGCCACAGUUAUUAUCCAGAGCACCUCUGGGACAUCAGGCGCGAGUGCUUCUUAGCCUCAUCAAGCCCUAGAUUUGUUGGUGUAGUCGAGAUCACGAUGUCGGCACCCAUAGGCGAUUCAACCUGGGAGGCGACAUGUUAUGUCGUUUGUGGACUUCGGAGAGUAGAUUCGCGGGCUGCCGAAGGCACUGACACACUUUGCCCCUGGGCGAUUGUACUCCAACAUCGUAAAGAGGAUGAUACUAUAGAAGGUCUGGAUUCGGGCUACACGCGAGACGACCUUGUCAACCCUUACAGAUUGUCUACACUUGGCAUCACGUUUCGGUCCUGGUUAGCUGGAAAUGAUCCUCCAAGCCUGGCAAUGAACCAAGUUCGGUAUGGCGAUAAGGGACAUUUGACUAUAUCUGCCUCGGUUCUUGCAGCGAAUCACCACCGUCAAUUAGGAGACACCAUAGUCAUCACCGUCACACCAGUCUUGUCAUCUCCCGGCUGGCCUCACAUGCGAUCUCGGGCCGAACACUAA